AUGUCUCUUGAGUCAAUAGCAGAUACAGCGACCCAACUCUUACAGAUAACUCUUAGAGCUAACGUUGGGUUUGCUGAGCUAUCAACUGCCAACGAUAAAUCUAUCUUUACUGCUAAAGAAAAAGAAUUGCUUCAACUUGUUAAUCACUUGGAAUGGAUAAAACAUCAACAACGCGAAUACGAGUAUGUGAUAGAGAAACAAAAACUUGAGUUUGCUGAGACGAAUGACUUGCGAACGGAACACGCACUUGCUAGACAGAUUGAUACACUGAAAAAAGAAUUAGCUAAACAAGUUUCAGCAAAUUUUGUAAAGAAUGAGGCGAUAAAAACUGUUGAAAUAGGAAAAUCAAUACUAAAUUCACAGUUCUCAGACGCAAAGACGAAUUCUUCACCAGAAGCGAUAAUUCUGAAUGAGCUCGUAGAAGAGCGUGAUCAAUAUGUUAGCGAAUUUUUAUUGAUGCAUCAGGAACUUGUCAAAGUCCAAUCCGAAUUGUCAAAAGUGCAACUGGCGAUAAUAGCACGACACGAAGACAACCGCGAACUUAUGAAAGAAAUAAAUGAUGCUUUUGAUAUUUCAAAGACAGCAUCAUCAUCUACGAAUAGCGAGGCAAAAGCACUGCAAAAGUCACAUAAGGAUGUGAUUGCAAAAAGAGAUAUUAUACGGAACGUUUUGCAGGGUCUUGUUUUAGAAAGCGGAGUUCGAUGGACGAAGGACGGACAUUUGUUGAAUAUCAUGUUAAUGAUUGGUCAAGAGCU